GGGCUGUCCAUUGAGAGCAAAAAGGAGUUGGAUUACUCUUCUAAAACAGGUUCAAUCCUACGGCUGACAUCAGAAGAAGGUGAAGAACUGAUAGAGACUAUUACCUCAAAUGAGAGGUACUGGUAUGAUGAACGAAGUGAAAGAGCUCCACAAAAGGCGGGAUUAUAUGAGGUUGAUUCUAGUACAGCUGCUGCCGCAAAACUGGAUGCUCUUGUCCUAAAGUUUGAGAAACUCUAUGAAGCUCAGGCGCAGAACCAAUACCAAGGUGGCCAGGGGAUGAACCAGAGGAGUUUUCGACAAAUGCCAAACCAGAAUCCAGUGAGAGACAUGGUGCUUUCGUGUGAUCAUUGUUUUGGAGCCCACCUGACCAAUUCAUGUCCUCAAUCCUUUGAAGAGCCUAUUCCACCUCAGGAAGUGAAUCUUAUGGAGUAUGCUAAGAAAGGAGAGGGUCCACUGGCACCUCAAUACCAAGGAAACCGGGGUAACUUUGCUGGCUACAACAACCAGAGGAAUAAUUUUCAGAGUGGUGCAAACCAGUGGAGAGAUAAUAACCGCCAAGGUGGAUACCAACGAGGCCAAGGAAGUGGUAGCAACCAGCCUUAUGUGCCCCCACAUAUCAGACAACAAGAUACUUCAGCUCAUUCCCAACUAGAUUUGGUGCUUGCAGAGCUGACACGGGCUAGAGAAGAAAAUGAAUUAAGAGAUAAAAGAGCAAGAGAGGAAAAGAUUUUGAUGGAGCAGCGGUUGAGGAACCUUGAGCUGCAACAUGAGCAGCGAAUACGGGAACUAGAGAACAGAUUCUUUGCAGGUCCUUCCGGGAGGCAGUCUGGAAGCCUUCCCAGCACUACAGAGCCAAACCCAAGAGAGCAUGUGAAUGCAAUAAAUCUGCGCAGUGGGAAGCAAGUUCGUGAACCAAUGGUGGAUGCCAAAGAGAGCCAAGCCCAGAGUGUUCCUAGCUGUCCAAGAAAGAGUGCAGAGCUAGAAAGCCCAGAACCUUUUCAAAGACAAUCUGAAGGUGAGCUAAAGUUCAAUUCUGACCAGCCAGGCCAGCGAGAGGGUAAAGCAAUCAUCGAGCAGAAUACACCCCAACAAGAGACCAAGAGGGCUAAUGCACCAGUUGUUCCAUUCCCUACUCGUGUCAAGAAGGGCGAGGACCGCAAGAGAGAAUACAAGUUUAUGGAGAUGAUUAGCAAACUACAUGUGGAGAUGCCACUCACAGAAGUACUUGCGGAGAUGCCUAAAUAUGCAAAGUUCCUGAAGGACUUAAUCACCAACAAAAAGAGGCUGGAGGAGUACUCUGUGGUUGACCUAAAUGCUGAGUGUUCAGCUGUGGUGACAAAAAUGAUGCCGGAAAAGCUCAAGGAUCCAGGUUCUUUCACCAUACCUUGUUCUAUUCAUGAUUAUGUUUUUAAAAAUGCACUAGCUGAUCUAGGAGCCAGCAUCAACUUGAUGCCAGCUUCUCUUGUUAAUAAGUUGGGACUGGGUGGAAUGAAACCCACUAGGAUGUGUCUUCAAUUAGCUGAUCGCUCUGUUAAGUACCCAAGUGGUAUUAUUGAGGACGUCCUAGUCAGGGUUGGUGAGUUUAUUUUUCCUGUAGACUUUGUCGUUAUGGAUAUAGAGGAGGAUCGUGGUACCCCUCUUAUUUUGGGGCGGCCUUUCUUGGCCACUGCCCGUGCUGUUAUUGAUGUGUCUGAUGGUUCAUUGACUCUGAGAAUUGGAGAGGACACUUGUACUUUUCGACUCUCAGAAGUUAUGAACCACCCCGAGGCACAAACUGAGAGCUGUAAUUUUCUUCAUAUGUAUGAGUGCAUUGAGGAUUAUUUAUUUGGGGGCCAGGGUGAGAGUGAUUAUUCUGAUGAUACUGCAUGUGGUGAGGUCUUAGAUGUGGGUAUGUGUGAUGAUGAAAUGUUAUCUCAUGAACUUAAAUGCUCUGUUGAUGAUUUGCUAGGAGAAGCCUCUCAAGAGGUUUCAGGUAGUACUGUUGUUGAUACACCCCCAUGUGAGCAGUUUUCUGAGCUUAAAAGGCUCCCAGAACACCUACAAUACGCUUCAUUGGAUGAUGAGGGCAAACACCCCAUUAUCAUUGCUUCUGAUUUAGAGAGAGAUGAAAAAGAUAAGGUUGUGUCCUUGCUUAGGCGGCGUGAAGGGGCCAUUGCCCGCACGUUAGGGGAUAUUAAGGGGAUCGAUCCUACCUUUUGCACACAUAGGAUUAGCAUUGAGGAAGGGUUCAGCCCGACAGUGCAACCACUGCGCAGGUUGAACCCUAAUUUGAUGGAGGUUGUGAGAACCGAGAUUUUGAGGCUUUUAGAUGCAGACAUUAUAUACCCAAUUUCUGAUAGUAGUUGGGUGAGUCCUAUUCAUAUGGUUCCUAAGAAAGGGGGAAUGACUGCUGUUGAGAAUGACAAAGGGGAGUUAAUACCUACUCGCAUUGUGUCAGGGUGGCGGAUGGUGAUUGAUUACCGAAAACUAAAUGAUGCCACUCGGAAAGACCACUUCCCUUUGCCAUUUAUUGAUCAGUUAGUUGAGAAUUUAGCAGGGCACGGGUAUUAUUGUUUCUUAGAUGGGAUGAGUGGGUACUUUCAGAUUCAUGUAGACCCUAGAGAUCAGGAGAAGACCACCUUUACUUGUCCCUUUGGCACUUUUGCUUUCCGUAGGAUGCCCUUCGGUUUGUGUAAUGCUCCUGCUACAUUUAUGCGUUGUAUGCUAGCCAUUUUUGACAGGUUUAUUGGAGAUUUCAUGGAAGUAUUUAUGGAUGAUUUUUCUGUGUUCGGUGAUACUUUUGACUCUUGCUUAACUAACCUUGACAGGGUGCUUGCUAGAUGUGAGGAGACCCACUUGGCCUUAAGUUGGGAGAAAUGCCACUUUAUGGUCAGGGAGGGCAUUGUUUUAGGGCAUAAGGUUUCUGAAAAGGGAAUUGAGGUUGAUAAGGCGAAGGUUGAGGCUAUAGAGAAACUUCCGUAUCCAACCACAGUAAAAGCCAUCCGUAGCUUUCUUGGGCACGCUGGUUUUUACCGCCGGUUUAUACAGGAUUUCUCUAAGAUUGCCCGACCUUUGACUAAUCUUUUAGGGAAAGAUGUACCUUUUGAUUUUUCACCUGAUUGUGUUGUUGCUUUUGAUACUUUGAAAAGGAAAUUGACUGAGGCUCCCAUUCUUGCUACACCCGAUUGGUCUUUACCUUUCGAGAUAAUGUGUGAUGCUAGCGAUCAAGUGGUUGGGGCUAUCCUGGGUCAAACCAAGGAUAAGCACUUUCGCCCUAUCUACUAUGCCAGUAAGACUUUAGCGGGGCCUCAGCUCAAUUAUACUACUACUGAAAAAGAGUUUUUGGCUAUUGUGUUUGCUUUGGAGAAAUUUAGACCCUACAUCAUUCUUUCUAAGGUAAUUGUCUUCACUGACCAUGCGGCUUUGAGGUAUUUACUUCAGAAGAAUGAUGCAAGGCCUAGACUUCUCCGCUGGAUUCUUUUGUUGCAGGAAUUCUAUGUGGAGAUCAAAGACCGAAAGGGGACCGCUAACCAAGCAGCAGAUCAUCUAUCUAGACUAGAGACUGAAGUGGUGGAGACAUUCAAAAAGUUUGAGCUUGAAGAGACUUUUCCAGAUGAGAGGCUUCUAGCCAUUCAGCACAGUUCAAAGAUGCCUUGGUAUGCAGAUCUCGCUAACUUUCUUGUGGGCAAAGUUGAACCUGCCGGGAUGUCUCGCCACAUGAUUAAGAGACUGAAGUCUGACGCCAAGCAUUACUUCUGGGAUGAUCCAUACCUGUUCAAAAUUUGUGCUGACCAAGUUGUGAGAAGAUGUGUACCUGAACAAGAAGGAAAGGAGAUUCUAAUGCAUUGUCAUACUGGACCCACAGGAGGUCACUUCUCAGGAGAGAGGACUGCCAGGAAAGUUCUUGAUUGUGGAUUCUAUUGGCCCACCAUUUUUAAGGAUGCUCAUGCUCAUGCUUCAGCUUGUGAUCAGUGCCAGAGGACUGGGAACAUAUCCCAGAGGGAUGAGAUGCCACAACACUAUAUUUUGCCAUGCGAAGUGUUCGAUGUGUGGGGAAUUGAUUUCAUGGGCCCUUUCCCGAGUUCGAAAGGGAACAAGUUCAUAAUAGUUGCUGUUGAUUAUGUGUCCAAGUGGGUGGAGGCCCAAGCAUGUUCCACGAAUGACACAAAGGUGGUUGUCCGAUUCUUAAAGAAGUUAUUUGCACGAUUUGGUGUUCCCAGAAUCUUGAUCAGUGAUAGGGGCAGCCAUUUCAGAAGUGACCCUAUGGCCCGUAUCCUUCAGCGAUAUGGUGUUCAACACAGAAGCGGAGUGGCCUACCAUCCCCAGUCUCAAGGUCAGGUUGAAAAUUCAAAUAGAGAAAUCAAGGCAGUAUUGGAAAAGACAGUUGGUCGGUCAAGAAAGGACUGGGCAGAAAAGCUUGAUGAUGCUUUGUGGGCUAUUCGAACAGCAUAUAAGACUCCUGUUGGCGCCACACCAUUCAGGUUGGUUUAUGGAAAAUCAUGCCAUCUUCCAGUGGAGGUCGAGCAUAAGGCAUUUUGGGCUCUGAAGAAUGUUGUAUUUGACCUUGAAGGAGCUGGAAAGGAGAGAUUUUAUCAGCUGAAUGAGCUUGAAGAGUGGCGUGCUAUGGCCUUCCACAACAACCAUUUGUAUAAGGAGCGAGUGAAGCAAUAUCAUGAUAGGCACAUCAAGCAGUCCCGCGAGUUUAAAGUUGGAGAUCAGGUGCUGUUGUAUAAUUCUAGGUUGAAGUUGUUCCCUGGGAAACUGCGUUCCAGAUGGUCAGGGCCAUUUACAGUGACUGAGAUCUAUCCGUAUGGCUCCAUUGAGUUGCAUGAUCCUGAAAGGGGAAACUUUAAGGUUAAUGGUCAUCAAGUGAAGCUCUAUUAUGGCGAGAAAGUGAGCACUGAAAGGGAGGUCCUUUAUCUUAAGGAGAUUAGCGGCUAAGCAUGAUCUAUCGUCAAGCUAGUGACGUUAAAGAAGCGCUUCUGGGAGGCAACCCACCAUAAAAAAAAUAGAAUUAGGAGUUUUUGUUUUCUUUUGCACUUUUGUUUAUGUUGUUUUAUGUUUUCAUCUUGUGGUUGUGGAUUUCUUUGCUCUGAAUUACAGGUACGACAUGGAGAUCUUGGACUGCUGGUGGAAGAAGCGCAGCCCUAUGUAGAGGAGCCUCCCAAGGGCUGCCAGUUGGUGUACUUAACAGAAGGUCCAUGAGUGAUAUGAGAGCAAAGCAUUUACUUUUGAGGACAAGAGCGAUGAGACGUCCAAUAGCUAUUCUGGGUGUUCUGGUGGGACAAGAUUUUGAUAGCAGAGCGCAGCCAGAACGCGAGCAAGUUCAGGGCAGCAGUCCACACUUCAAAUUAGGCCUCGGGUCACCACACUUCAGAGGACGAACUGUCCAGCUUUAUCCUUCUAGCAUUGAGACCUAAGCUAGAGAAGAGUUUUUCUAGCCGGCAUGAACGAGCAAACUGAGAUCAAUACCAAAAGUGCAUCCAUGUCACCAGAAACUCAAUAUGUGCAGCCCCUAGUACAGCAGCCUUUACUAUGUUUACUCAGAAGUUGAGGGAUUUGAUGCACACCACCUGGACUUCCCAUCACCAGAGUCAUAGAGCCCUCAAAUGCAAACGAGAUCCAAGAGCUAUCAAUCGCAGAGAUUCAAGGUUAUUCAAAGUUUUUCUGGAGGUUAUUCACUGCCGCUUGUCUUGUACGGUAAUCUGCCAACUUUUACUACGCUGUUAAGAAUGUGUAUUUACUCUCAUAUUACUCCUUUGUUGAUUUGUGUUGAUUGUUAUUAUUCUGACUAUGAUGUACUGCCGGGAUGAAAAUCAUUUUUAUUCUUUAACUUGCCCCUAUUAUUUCUGUUUUAAUCUUCUUUGACCUCGAGGGCGAUGUCACCCCUAAGUGUGGGGAGAUUGGUUUGGUUUUAGCUUGGACAUGACAUUUGGUGAUGAAGUUAUUCUGUCCAAAAACAUUUUGGAGUGCACGAGGAUUUUUCUGGUUUAGCAACGCAACAGAGGUAACUUGUUAAUCUUUAUUUUCUUUUGUAAUCUUCCAUCUCCUCCAUCUUUCUUGGAAAGAAUUAGUAAUGGUGUAAUCAUCGGAGUGGUGUGUAUAUUCUUGGGAAAUGUUGGCAUGUUGGAUGGUUUGAUUUGUGUUGAUUAAAUUCGGUUUUUACUCGUGAUUCACUAGUUCGCAUUAAUAAUUCCUUGACUGGCCAGGUGUUGAAAAUCCUUACUCCGUAAGGAGCUCUGCUUUCUAAGCAUAUCGGGAUAACUUCAUGCUAAGUAGGCAACUGAUUCUUGUAAUGGGGUUACACUUCGUGUGUCGAGAAUUUCAUCCCCGAAAUGGGGCUCUGCUCAUCUCACGAAUCACCUUGUGUGAGAGUUGAGUACACAGUAAUGAGAUAAACUCCCAGGCCCUAGAGCUUGAAUCAGUCCUGCAAUCCAGAACCUGGUCAACUUUACAUAUUCAAAAAAAAAAAAAAAAGAAUCACGAGUAUUCCGAGUUUUAUCACACAAUUCUUGGGUUUUUUUUGGAAUGAUUGGUGGUUUGGAUUUCACACACCUGCACCGUUGGGACCAUCAUGCUUUUCUUUACAUUUUAGUCGGUUGGAGAGGGAUUUUACUUUUGAAAAUAUUGUUCAACAUGUGAAUCUUGGUUUCGUUGUUAAGAAAGAAAAGACCUUGUGCAGUCAUUUGUUUUGGGUGUGAAUGAUUUUUGAACCAGGUGUUACAUGUGAUUAUUUUGUUUUCCGUGGGUUUAAUGCAUUGUUGCUUGGGGGCAAGCAACGCUCAAGUGUGGGGAGAUUUGAUAGGCUCGUUCCGUUCCUAUCUUUUCACCCAUAUUUGGGUGUUAAUUUUUUUAUUUUUAUAAUUAACCGAGUGACUAUUGGGGGGUUUGAGUGAAAAUUUGCUAUUUUUCGGUCCCGGUGGCAGUCAUAUUGGAAAUAGUAUUUUUUCUACACAAUUUGACAUUUUUGGAGUAAUUUGAUUGUAAAGUUACAUAUUAUUAGCGGGUGUGGUGAGUUGUUAUUGUACAGGCCGAGUUUGCGGUGAAUAUGUUUGGACCAGAUCAUUUAAGGACUGUUUUUGAAGUUAAGUGCAAUCCAAAAUGACAAAAGAAGAAGCAAUGUUAGCAGCCCAAAAGAAAAAGAAAAAAAAGGAUCAGCUGGGUUUUUCCCUGGAACUGGCAGCCGCACAUUCAUUCAUUCUUUCCUUUUCAUUUUUUUUUAAGUUAGCCGCAGCAUGCUCUACGAUUCUUUCUGUUCCUGAAAUCAAUUAGCCGCAGCAGAGUUUAUUUCCAUUCUUGCGUUCUGUCCUUGGUGAAUCAGCCGCACCAGCAAGAAAGAAAAUCAGAACGGUUUCUAAACUGCACUCCUCUUUCAAUUUUCUCCAAGUUAAUUUAGAUUUCAAACAUUCAUUGUAAGUCAAACAUAUUUUACAUUACUUAGUUUCAGUUUUGAAUUAACUUUCGAAGAUGUUUUUCUGUAGUUGAUAAUUAAGAAUUUCCCAGAGAAUUAUUCUACUUCAAUUUUUCUAGCCCUUAUCAUGCUUAUCAAUAUGAUUGUGAUGUUAAUUUUAAUUAUGAGAAGCUAAUUUCCUAUAGGGUUUGAAUUGGGGCUAGGGUU